GUUGCUUCUAGCUCUGCUUAGAAGAAAGAAGAAAAAAGGGGGGCGACCUGUUUUUGUUACAGCAUAGAUAAAAUCGAUACAACAUAGAAGCGAACUGAUUAUACCAAGAUCGAUUUACAACACUUUCCCUUGGUCAGGGUAUCGAUUGUGUAACUAAACUGAAGUGAAAAUGUGAAAAGUGAGCAGUUUGCGUGAUUUCGUAACUUUUAUCGUAGUGAAAAUAUGAACCAUUCCACGUGAGUUUCCUCGACAAGAAAUGUCUUGUCGAAAGAUGAGUUUAAAGCGUUUCAAGAGAUGAGCACAUGAGAAGGACAACCUCCAAAUGCUCUAAAUCCAUUACACGAAGCAUUAAACGCCAGAUGGCAGGAAUCGUGAUCGCUCUAAUAUUUCCCGAAGAAAAUGAAGAAGAAAAUGAAGAGGAAAAUGGAGUUAUGAGAAUUAUAAGAAGAAGAUUGAGAGAUAAAUUUGAUCCGUUUGCUCUAUCUGAAUCUCAGUUUCGUUCGCUAUAUAGAUUAUCCAGAGAAGCAUGUCAAGAAUUGAUUGCUGAAUUAACUCCCUUUAUGCCUGAAAGAAGAAGAAAUACGGGUAUAGCUCGUGAAUUGCAGGUGUUUGCUUCAAUCAAUUUCCUUGCAUCGGGAUCAUAUCAAAGGAGAGUUGGCCAAAACUUCAUGAUGUGUAUGUCACAAACAACGAUCAGCAAAUAUCUUCACGUCACUGUAAAUGCCUUAAAUCAUGUGAUGAAAAAUUGGAUUCGUUUUCCAAUUUCCCCUGAAAGAAUUGAAAAAAUCAAGAAUGAAUUUUUCGAGAGAUCUGGUUUUCCUGCAGUAAUUGGUGCUAUUGACGGCACACAUAUUGCUAUGUUCCCACCUGAAAGGGAAAGGGAGCAUUUAUUUAUAAACCGAAAACAUUAUCAUUCAUUAAAUGUCUUGGUUAUUUGUGAUUAUAACGGUGAAAUUCUUGCUGUAAAUGGCGCACAUGGUGGAAGAACACACAAUUUGCGUGUAUUCCGAUCUUCCAGAGUUUUAUCUCAUUUAGUAGAGAAAUAUAGAGAGCGUAGGAGGAACUGUUGGCUUCUAGGUGAUUCCGCAUAUCCUCUUUCACCUUUCUUAUUGACACCAUUGUUACACCAACCAGAAGGAACUCCAGGUGCAAGAUAUACAGAGCAUUACAUUCAAGCUCGGGUAGCUGUAGAGCGAUGCUUUGGUGUUCUAAAAGAUCGUUGGCGUUGCCUACGAAAAGAACGAGCACUGCAUUAUGCACCGGAAUUUGCUGCUCUGAUCGUCAAUGCGUGCUGUGUCCUGCAUAAUAUAGCAAUUAAAUGGAGAUUGCCCGUAGAUGACAUACAUUUUGACGACAUAGAUAUUGCACCACCACUGGAGUACAAUGGAGAGCAGAUUGAAAAUAGACGACAAACGCAGAAUCAGAUUGUUCAAUGGUAUUUUCAAAAUUAAAAGUGUAAAGACAUUUUUUUUAUUAUGCGGUGUAGCGUUUUAAUUCAGUGCUAUUCG